CCCGGUGAGCCGGGCUUAGGCGUGCGGGCUUCGGCGCUAAUCCGCCCGCGCCUCGCCGAGGGGCGGCCGCGGCGGGCCCUGCCCCGCCGCCCCCGCCGGGCCGGGCCGGGCCGCCCCGCCGGGGAGGGCUGCGCUGCCGGGGCUGCCCGGCGCCGCGGGCCGGCAGCGGGGUCCGGGCCGACACCGCGCCGGGGCAGGGCGGCGCUGCCCGCCGUGCUGCGGGAUACCGGCCCCGAAGCGCCGGCGGCGGCGGGCAGGGCUUCUGUGUUCGGAUGCUGCGGGGGAGAGCGUGGGAAGCUGUCAUUUAGAUGUUGAUAUGUAAAGCAAAAUGGCAAAAAUCAACACCCAGCACUCCUACCCUGGUAUGCACAGACUGUCUGUCAGAGCUACUGAUGAAGAUAUUGAAAGGAUUGAAAAUGGCUGUAUCAGAACCCAUUCACUGUGUGAGGAUGCGUCUUCAGAACUGCAGAGAGUCAUUUCUGUGGAGGAAAGACAUGUAUCUGAACCCCAGACGAGCUCCUUCACAGGCAGGGGAGCAAUGGCAAGGCUGUCACGAUUUGUCAUAUCUGUGAGGUCAUGGGCCACAAGACAUCUGCACCACGAAGACCAAAGACCCGAUUCUUUCCUAGAACGUAUCCGAGGGCCAGAGCUCAUAGAAGUGUCCAGUAGGCAAAGUAACAUACGCUCCUUUCUGGGUAUGCGUGAGCGCCCUGGGGGAGUAAACAGUCACUGGCCCUUGGCCAGGCUUAAUGUCAACUAUAGCAACAACACCAACGAAGAAAAAAAGGAAGAAAAGAAAGAGGUUAAAGAGGAAAAGAAAGAGGAAAAAAAAGAGGAAAAGAAAGAGGAAAAGAAAGAUGACAAGAAAGAGGAAAAGAAAGAUGACAAGAAAGAUGACAAAAAAGAUGAUAAAAAAAAAGAAGAGAAGAAAAAAGAGAUAUUUGUGUUAGAUCCUUCAAGCAAUAUUUACUACAACUGGCUGACCAUAAUUGCAGCACCCGUGUUCUAUAACUGGUGUAUGCUCGUGUGCAGAGCCUGCUUUGAUGAGCUACAAGCUGACCAUCUUAAAUUAUGGGUGUUCUUGGAUUAUAGCUCCGAUAUCAUCUAUGUUAUUGACAUGCUUGUCAGAUUCAGAACAGGCUUCCUCGAGCAAGGCUUGCUAGUUCAGGAUGAAAAGAAAUUACGAGAUCAUUAUACCGAAACUCUGCAGUUCAAACUAGAUUUGCUGUCUCUUCUGCCAACAGACCUGGCAUAUUUAAAGGUUGGUUUGAACUACCCUGAACUGCGAUUUAACCGCCUGCUGAGGAUUUCUCGGCUGUUUGAGUUUUUUGACCGUACUGAAACGAGGACAAACUAUCCAAACAUGUUUCGCAUUGGAAAUCUUGUCUUAUACAUUCUUAUCAUCAUCCACUGGAACGCAUGUAUAUACUUUGCAAUUUCGAAGCUCAUUGGAUUUGGAACUGACUCUUGGGUCUACCCCAAUGUGUCCAUUCCAGAGUACGGGCGCCUGUCUAGAAAGUACAUCUACAGUCUGUACUGGUCAACGCUUACGCUGACAACCAUCGGAGAAACACCUCCCCCGGUGAAAGAUGAAGAGUAUCUCUUUGUGGUCAUUGACUUCCUGGUGGGCGUGCUCAUCUUCGCUACCAUUGUCGGUAACGUGGGCUCCAUGAUUUCCAACAUGAACGCCUCCAGGGCAGAGUUCCAGGCCAAAGUGGAUUCCAUUAAACAGUACAUGCAUUUCCGAAAAGUGACUAAGGAUUUGGAAGCCAGGGUUAUUAAGUGGUUUGAUUACCUCUGGACCAACAAGAAAACAGUGGAUGAGAAGGAGGUUCUCAAAAAUCUACCUGACAAGUUGAAGGCUGAAAUUGCCAUCAAUGUCCAUUUGGACACGCUGAGGAAAGUGCGUAUAUUCCAGGAUUGUGAAGCUGGACUUCUCAUUGAGCUGGUGCUGAAACUGAAACCUACGGUCUUCAGUCCUGGGGACUACAUUUGCAAAAAGGGAGAUAUUGGGAGAGAAAUGUACAUUAUUAAAGAGGGAAAAUUGGCUGUGGUGGCAGAUGAUGGCAUAACCCAAUUUGUAGUCCUAAGCGAUGGCAGCUACUUUGGUGAAAUCAGCAUCCUAAACAUCAAAGGCAGCAAAUCUGGCAACAGGAGGACAGCCAACAUAAGGAGUAUUGGUUAUUCGGAUUUGUUCUGCUUGUCUAAAGAUGAUUUAAUGGAAGCCCUCACAGAAUAUCCAGAAGCCAAAAAGGCUUUGGAAGAGAAAGGGCGACAAAUUCUGAUGAAAGACAACUUAAUAGAUGAGGAAGCAGCAAAAGCAGGAGCUGACCCAAAAGACUUGGAAGAAAAAGUAGAAAAACUUGAAACAGCUCUGGAUACGCUGCAGACCAGGUUUGCGAGGCUCCUGGCAGAGUACACCUCAUCUCAACAAAAGGUGAAACAGAGACUUACCAGAGUAGAAACCCGAGUGAAAAAGUACGGUAGUGGCACCUUAUCAGUUGGAGAAGCAGAUGCUGAAAACCUUGAGGAGAUAAAGCAGUAAAUGGAGUAUUUGUAUUUCCUCAUUUACUGGAGAAAGUUGAAGCGUGUGAAAGCCAUAAAUGUAUGUAAAUAUGCAUGUGCAUACAUAGACAUGAUUAUUUUUAUAUGAACUCUGGAGAAUGGUUUUUAGCAUUUUUAACUGAAGCAGUAUUUUCUUGUAAAUAGAACAUUGUCACCUUCUUAGGGGGAGACUUGGUCUGGUAUUUGGGUACUUUUUUGUACUGGGAGUGGGUUUCUUACAAGUCAUGCUCAGAACGUCUGUUGUGUAUGGUCCAUGUAGGUCUUGACACAUUGUCUCUUCCCACACAUAUUGCAUUAAGGCGGCAUGGUACUUAAAGUAGAAGGGAUUUGGGGUUUUUAAGGGCUUAAAAAACAUUUCUAGGGUACGUGCUCUACCUUGCUACCUUAGUGGCUGAUUAAAUGCACGGACACAGAUCUGGGCUUCUCAAAAAUCUUUGUUCUUCCAGUGAAGCAUCUGUGCAAAGAGUUGGACUACAGCUAAGCAGCUACACAUACCUCACCUAUGCAGUGUAGCCCUGCACCUGUAUGAAACAGCCAUGCGUCCUGAUGCUUUAGUUUGAUUCUUUCUAAUGCGCUGGGCUCUGCACAAAGGGCUGUGCUGACAGAGUAGCAGUGCUCACUCAUGUCCUUUCUGGCAUGGUCUGUGACAGCCUUUGCUGCUCUGCAACUGCUUCGCUUGGGGAAAAGAGUGGGAGAUCCUUUUUUUCUUUUUUUUUUUUUUUUUUUUUUUUUUAGCUUAGCCCCAUCUUUGCUGGCAAAACCCUCACUUGGAAGGGAGCCCCCAAAUGCUCAGUGGGGGAAGGUAUUUGUGGCAAUACAGCUUCACUAAACCUGGGAACAGAAAACAGGACCCUGGUGCGUGCAAGCUCCUGCGUGUGGAAACUUGAGUGAAUUCUGAACUUGAGUGAAUUCCCUCUCGGCACAGAGGGCGGUCCCAGAGGGAGGCUACUGAGAAGUUGCAUGGGCUGGCAGAACAGGCUGUCCCUGCCUGCCAGCCCGCUUUAGCUCACGACAGGGUUUCUGUGAGGCAGGAAGAACAAGCUCUGCGUUGCAGUCAUUCCUGCCGCCAGGCCUGUGUUUCCUUCCUAUUUCUUUAAGGAUGCCUACUACACCUCCCUUCGCUAUUUACCGCCAGUUUCUCUCUGAAGUAGUUGCUGCACCACCAUGUUUCCGUUAGGGAGAAUGAAGACCACAUCUGCUCAGGUCCUGCUGACAGGAGCCUAGCUGCGCUGGUUGCUUUUCUGCUCACUGCAGGGUAGUCAUCUCUGCCGUCGGUCUGGCUCUGAGGUGAACAGAGAGGUCUGGUCCGCUCAGCCUGCUGUGACGUUCUGGCCAGAACGGUAUCAGGAAGGUUUCUUGCUCCGUCACUUUGCAGCUUCAGGAUUUGCCUCUUAUACACUCCCCAGCCUCCUCCACCCUGCUGAUUCCAGUUUCUUUCCAGGCUCCUCUCCCUUCCUCUGAUAUUCCUUCAAUAUUCUCCCACUGGGAAGAUACCAGCUUUCAUUUUUUGCUGUACAGUAUUUUUCUGUCAUGUAGGUUUCCCUGCAUUACUUUCAUCCUCCAGCACCUCACUGACUUCAGUUAAGUACAGAGUAGCAGAGGCUGUUCAGCAUCUAUGGCACAGGGGCUGGAUCCCAUGGAGGCUUUAGGAAUCACCAUGGGCAGUGCUCUGCCCUUUAGUUGGCCUCAUCCCUGACAGGAGCCAUAACAGCAUGUGGGAAUAGAUGGCCUGUUGGAAAAUAGGUAAGAAACCCACCGAGAAGAGGGUGGUUUACCUUGAUGGUAGUAAAACGUAAAGAGGCAUUUGCUAAACUGCGUACAACUUCUCUGACUAAGUGCUCAUUUCUGGGCAAGCAGCUGUACCCCUCCUAUUGACGCUUUUGAGUCUGGUGAGAGGCAAAUCUAACAGGGACUAAGGAAUGGGGCUUUUCCAGCAACACUGGCAAAGGGACCACCAGGUAGGAGAUGUCCACACAUGGCCCACAUCUAAACUCCCGUUAUCAGCCUAGAAGCCAACUAGACUUGGGUAUCUGCUGUAGCUGGGCUUAACCUCUAUAAUCAAGACUUCCACUGACUAUAACGAGGGCUCUGGAAAGUAGCCAAGACCUGUAUGUGGCCAGUGGAGUCUGGGAGUUUUGGUCCUUCAGCUGAACCUUGUCUGUAUUUUCUCCAAGGGCUUGAGACAAACGGGAGAGAUAAGAGAGGCUGCUUUUGGCAGGGGUCUAGUGCCCUCGCUCCCGCACCGAGGAAGGCAGGGCUGAGGAGAAGCUGGGUGCUGGCUAGCUGCAGUGUGCCACUGUAAGCACGGAGGGCAUGGUCACAGGCAGCUGACCUCGCAGCUCUCGCCUUGUUACAAGAGGCAGGUACCGCUCUUGCCUUUGGCCGAUGUGCACUGCUGUGUUCCUCAAACGCCGUACCCAGCAGGGGUUUCAUACUUACCGUCAUGUUCUACAUCAGUCGUCAUUCUCUGUAAAUAUCUAACUAGCUACCUAUCGUACUACAGCUGUUCCAGCCUACUAGGUAUAUACAAAUAGAACUGUUUAAAGUAUUAUUUAUACCAAAUUUAUACCUGUUAAAAAAACCCCACAAACACAAGAAUGCUUCUUUACCUGCUGGAUCACAACAGCUUAAUCUAUUGGUUAAAUACAUGCUUGCUUUUCCCUUUUUCAUGCCUCUUGGUCUGGUUUUCGCAUGCCAGAAAAAGAGCUAUUUUGAUGCUAUUGGCUUCAGUCACUUCAAAAUAUACAGCUUUCGGCAUGGUGAAAUUACAUCCUUUGGUGUCUUUCAUCUGUGUAAGAUUUUUCUCCCCUUCUUUAAUGUGGCUACAGCAUGUACAUUAAAAUAUUUUUGAGUAAUGUUCAAGCAUUUCUGCGUUUCCUCUUAUCCAUAUCCCUCUGGACUUUAGCGUUUCAUGACAGACUUUGAUCGUGCCAAUAUCACACGGCCCAGAAAAUUGUUAGCUGGAACGGAGAUCUGAAGUGACAGAAAACCGAGUGGGAAUGGUGGUGUUCUCCCCUCACCGCGGGGCAGCUGGCACAUCCCUUUGGUCUCGUGCCCGGUUUCGACACCGUUGCUGUGCCUGCAGAUACCACGCAGGCACAAGAGCCCGACUGCCACCCUGCUUCCCCAGUGGGGCACGGAGCCCGCCGGGCUCCUCAUGCCGCUGCCACCUUGUCUCCUGUCCCUUCCCCCGGCUCCGUGCAGGGUGACACAGCAGGGAUGGUGCCUUGUCCAGCAGAAACAAAAGCGUUUGCAGCUUUCAGCUACUUGCACACACGUCACCUACCAAAAAUCCUUCCCCCUCCCUCACCAAGGCAUCAGGCAGCACCUGGCCUAGCCCUUCAGCCCCACCACAAGAGAAAGCAAGGCAUGGGACAGCUCUUACAGAGCACGUGAACAUAAGCCCUAAAUCUGCACACAGGGGUUUAAUGGCCACAGUGCUCACCUCACACAGGCACAGAGGCCAGCCCAGGUGGUGGCCGUGGGGUGGGACUGGAGCUCCCAGCUGCCUGUGCUGAUCAAGACACUCGACAGAUAAGGCCUGAGGUGUUCGAACAUCUGCGGCAGGCGCAAAUGGAGGGUAAAGCUGGUGGAGCAGCACUGCCAUGCUCCAGGUGCUGCUUGGCAUGAGCUUUUCCAGGGAAAGCACCUCGAGUCACGGGCCCUGCUCCCCAACAGCAAGUGAUUCAAGCCUUGCUUGCUCUCCAAAGUGGUCUCAAUAGCAGCACCCCACUCUUUUCCCCCCAUCCCCUACUAUUAUUUUACUUCAACAGUUUUUACAGUAGAAAGCUCUGCUCUGGAAGAUUCAAUGAACUAGAUGACAGAAAUGGUGGUAACAGCAAAACGGCACCUGUGUUUGUACAGACCCCUCACACAGCCGAGGGCUGGGGUUAGCCUGACCGCGCAGAGCAGCCCGGGGAAGGAACAACCCUGCAUUUAACCCUUUUCUCGAAGACAUCUGCUUUUCAGUUUUUAUUCCUGCCAAAUAUUUAGAAACGUACAACCAGAGAAGGCUCUGUUUUACCUUAAGAAAGAAACUGUUCAUUUUCCUUUCCCCCACAAAAGCAUCAGUGCUUUCUCUGGGCUGGUCUGUGUGUUGCUGAUUUGGAAGACACAUUCAUUUCUGUAGGGCUGCUGACAGCAAGGAUGACGGAGGGUUUCACAGGCCAAACCUAGUCUAGGUCCAGCAAGAUAAUGCAGUUAGGCCGACUAAAGGAGAGCUGCUCUUCAUCCUGGAGAUUUGUGAGAGGACAGCAUUUGUACUUGGCUUCAGAGACCCCCAGCUCUUCUAUUAAUGUUUCCAUCCUGGAACAGACAGAAAGAAUCAGACCCUCAUUUACAUAAUUCAGCAUUCAUAAAACCCCUUUGCUUACCCCUGAAAGCAAAAUGAGUUCUGCUCUAAAUGGAUCUGGCAAGUGUACAGGCAGCUAAAGCACCAGAUUUCAGCUGUGACGGCUCUCCUGAGGGAAGCCAUCAGUCCAGGAAUCCCCCGCUCCCCCCAGCCCUGUCCACAGUCCAGAGCCCAAGGAGGGGGCUGCCUGGGGACUCCUUACAGGGAGCAGGGCUUCCCCAUGCUCCCUUCCACUCUGCCUUGGGUGGAUGGGGAGAGAAACACAUACAAGCCCUGAGGAACAACCUCUGAGGCUAAAAGUGGUUGAGCCUUUUGUUUCUGAAAUUCAGAUUUUUCAGCUGUUUCCAGCUCACAAAAUCAAAGGCUGUGGCUUGCCGCUGCCAACUGCCCUUGCAGCUACACUGUGGAAAAUAAAAUUCUGCUGUUCUGUGGUUGCAAUCCUCCUCACUCUGCACCCUAAGAGCAGAGUGAGAGGGAAAACGGAAGACUCAUGUUAUUUAAGCAAAAUCGGUUUCUGCAACCUCAAGAGGAGGACAGCAGGUCCUCAGUUUCAAGGACAAACACUAGCUUUACUCCAGAAGCAGCAGCAGUUCUCACAAAGAGAUUUCCUUCAUCAGCUCUACCAUUUCUGCUUGGCUUCUGCAGGGGAAGUGCAGGUUCCAGUGCCAAUGGCUACAGCUCCGGUGCCAAAGGCAGUCCUCCAGAGAGGCUGAGGACGACACCGUCCAGCUCUAACAGAGUCCUGCCUCAUUUGUAUAGGUAAAUUGGGGGUAGAUUACUAAAACCAGCAGCGCAGAAAUGUGAAAAGGGAUUUACUAAUGGUUGCUGUUCCAUUUUUCUUAACGUUUGUAGUGGCUGGUAUCAACCUCACUGUAACAGAGCAACUGAAGAACAGUAACACAGAAAAUCAGGAAAGCACAACUGUAUUCCAGACUGAUGGACUGCUUGAUGAAUAGCUAUUAAUUUCUAGGGGUUUUUUUCCUGUUUUGACAUGUAAUUUCUUCAGUUUCCUGACAGGACCCGCCCCCCCC